GACCCCAAAAGGUAAGGCGCUUCGGGUAAGAUGGCUGCCAAAAGUUUUGCUUCCCGCUUCAGACGCUCCGGGCGCUUUCUGAGUGUCUUCGUGGCGGGAGCUGUGGUGGGCGCCGUGGGAGGCGGGUUCACGGCCGUGCAGUUGCUCCGGAGUCAGGGAGCUGAGGCAGCGUUGGCGGUGAGGGAGCCCGGCGGUUCUGCAGAAAAGGCUCUCUUGGAACAAUUUGGAGUCCCUUUAACUGGAACAGAGACUAGGCAUUACACUAAUCAUGCCUUGUCUUAUGAUCAGUCAAAGCGGGUGCCUAGAUGGGUUCUUGAACAUAUAUCCAAAAGCAAGAUAAUGGGUGAUGCUGACAGAAAACAUUGUAAAUUCAAGCCUGAUCCCAACAUCCCUCCCGCCUUCAGUGCCUUCAAUGAAGACUAUGUUGGGAGUGGGUGGUCGAGAGGACACAUGGCUCCAGCAGGAAAUAACAAAUUUUCAUCUAAAGCCAUGGCUGAAACCUUUUACCUUUCUAAUAUUGUGCCUCAGAAUUUUGAUAAUAAUGCUGGAUAUUGGAACAGAAUGGAAAUGUACUGUCGAGAACUGACGGAGAGGUUUGAAGAUGUUUGGGUAGUAUCUGGACCGUUGACCUUACCUCAGACUGGAAGUGAUGGAAAGAAAACAGUUAGUUACCAGGUGAUCGGUGAGGACAACGUGGCUGUCCCCUCACACCUCUAUAAGGUGAUCCUGGCCCGCAGAAGCCCAGUGUCUACUGAACCUCUGGCACUAGGGGCCUUUGUGGUGCCCAAUGACGCCAUUGGCUUCCAACCGCAGUUAAGUGAAUUCCAAGUGAGCCUUCAGGACCUGGAGAAGUUAUCAGGACUGGUGUUUUUUCCUCAUUUGGAUAGAACUAGUGGUAUCAGGAAUAUCUGCUCUGUGGACACCUGUAAGCUCCUGGAUUUCCAGGAGUUCACUCUGUACCUGAGCACAAGAAAGAUUGAGGGGGCCCGAUCAGUACUCAGACUGGAAAAGGUCAUGGAAAAUUUGAAGAACGCAGGGAUUGAACCAGAUGAUUACUUCAUGAACCGCUAUAAGAAGAAACUAGAAGAACUCAAAGCUAAGGAGCAGUCAGGAAUCCUGGAGAGAAAGCCAUCUUAGUUUUUUUUCUCAGAAGAUGUGUGACAGCAUCUCUAAUGAAGCAGGUGUGUCCUCUUCAGGCUAAUGUGUUCUAGUGGCUUUGCUUUAAAGAAAUGAUGAAAUCCUAAAUUUCAGACUAAAUUUCUCCCCAAAAGGUGAAAGAU